CGGCGCCCAACCAAACGCAGGGUUCGCUGCCCGGUUCCCUCCCCCUCCACUACCUCGUGAUGGCGGCUGCGACGGUGGCAGGAGCAGCCGCCACGGCCGCCGCCAUAUCCCUGUUCACCUACUACCUCUUCCUCCGCAAGAGCGGCUCCAAGCUCCCAUGGACCCUCACCACCCGCGGGAACGGCCGGAGGGCACGGCGGAAAGGCCUCGUGGAGGCCAUCGGCAACACACCCCUCAUACGCAUCAACAGCCUCUCCGACGCCACUGGUUGCGAGAUUUUGGGGAAGGCGGAGUUUCUGAAUCCGGGAGGCAGCGUGAAGGACCGCGUGGCGGUGAAGAUCAUCGAGGAGGCCCUGGAAUCUGGAGACCUUGUCUGUGGUGGUGUAGUAAUAGAGGGGAGUGCUGGAAGCACGGCUAUUAGCUUGGCCACUGUUGCUCCUGCUUAUGGCUGUAAGUGCCAUGUUGUUAUUCCCGACGAUGCUGCCGUUGAGAAGUCUCAAAUAAUUGAGGCGCUUGGAGCUACCGUGGAGCGAGUGCGCCCUGUUUCAAUCACCCACAAAGACCAUUUUGUCAACAUUGCAAGAAGAAGAGCUUUAGAAGCAAAUGUAGCAUCAGCAAAAAGAGAAACGAAUGACAUGCAGACUAACGGUUCAGCGCAUGCCAUUGUUAAAACGCUGCACCCCGAACAAACUAAUGGUUCAGCAUAUGCCAAUAGUGAAGUGCCACACAUUGGGAAAUGUUUUCCUAAUUCUGAUUCGAAGGGAGGUUUUUUUGCUGACCAGUUUGAGAAUUUGGCAAACUAUCGAGCCCAUUACGAGUGGACUGGUCCUGAGAUAUGGGAACAAACUAAAGGGACACUUCAUGCCUUUGUUGCUGCAGCUGGUACUGGUGGUACGGUUGCUGGAGUCUCACGAUAUCUGAAGGAAAAGAACAGAAACGUCCGAUGCUUUUUAAUGGACCCACCUGGUUCUGGUCUGUUUAACAAGGUUACUAGAGGGGUUAUGUACACAAAAGAGGAGGCUGAGGGCAAAAGGCUUAAGAAUCCCUUUGACACUGUUACUGAAGGAAUUGGAAUCAACAGGGUCACAGCAAAUUUCAUGAUGGCUGAACUAGAUGGAGCUUACCGAGGAACAGAUAGAGAAGCAGUUGAGAUGUCAAGGUUCCUGUUGAGAAAGGAUGGACUAUUUGUUGGGAGCUCUUCAGCCAUGAAUUGUGUUGGGGCUGUUAGAGUUGCCCGGGAUUUAGGUCCAGGACAUACAAUUGUCACAAUUCUCUGUGACAGUGGGAUGAGGCAUCUAAGCAAGUUCUUCAAUGAUGAAUAUUUGGCUAAUCAUGGGUUGACACCAAACGCUACUGGUUUGGAGUUUCUUGAUCAGUGAGAGCUUACAUGGAGGAAUGUAUUAUUUCAGCAAUUUUGUCAUCCUGUGAGGUCUAACUUGGCAGUGGUCAGCAGUCCGCGGGUGAACAUGCCCUAAUCAUCCCAUGUAGCAAGGUGUUCAGAUAAUGCAUCUCAAAUUGUAUGCCACCCUGAUCGAAUGUUUCUCGGAAAGAUAUAGUGAUGUACUGUAGAGUAGUUGUCCUUGCCAAUUAACAGGGACUAGGAUAGCCAACCCUGCUGAUCUUAUUAUUUUUCUUCAGGCUGUACACCCUGCUUCUAUGUAUACACCCUGCAGUGAUGCAGUUGCUUACAA